AUGACGUCUUCACGAGGUGCGGACUCGUCAGGCUCGCCUUGCUCGCGGAAACGCCCUCGGGAGGACUCUCCGGACGACUGUCUUCCAGACGACGACGCCAGAGACGGCAACGACACAUCCCAGGGCGUGGCCGAUGGUCGACUUGGCUCGGUGGCCGGCCAAAGCACCAACUUUCGCAACGUCAGUGCCUGCAGCCGAUGCCGUUCUCGUAAGAAUCGAUGUGACCAGAGGCUUCCACGCUGCACCAGCUGUGCCAAAGUCGGCGCCGCCUGUGUUGGGUAUGAUGCGCUGACGAAAAGGGAGCUGCCCAGGAGCUACGUCUUUUAUCUCGAGAAUCGAGUGGAAAGAUUGGAGAAACUACUCGUGUCGCAUGGCAUAGCUUUCCCACCGGCGGAUGAUCUGGACAUGUCCGCUCGCGGGGAGGCGAAUGGUGACGAGCCAGGCCCGUCGUCACCUGGACGACCUGCAAUUCAAGACAGCCUAGACUUCUUUCUUGGCAACCGUCGUAAAUCUUUUGCCUCGUCAGACAAUAAAGGCAAUUCGCCCAAAGCCAUGAGCCGAGACUCCAUGGGCUCUGCUUUGCUCAACCCCCAGACGGCCGCCACCUUCAUGGCCGUGGCACUCCAUACUACUCAGACAUCAAAUCUCGACAAUGAAAAGAUGCUCAAAUAUCACAUGGAGGACCCCCAAGGUUUCGAGGCUACGCGUUGUGCGAUGCCAGACAAGGCCCUCGCACUCAAGCUGGUCAGAGCCUACUUUCACCGAGCCAAUCCCCAAAUUCCCAUUCUGGAACGCGCGUGCUUCACCAAAAUAUUUGACAAGGCAUAUUCAGGCCAAGGAGGCGGCUUGAGGCCCCGGGAACAGUACCUACUGAACAUGGUGUUUGCCAUCGGGUGUAGCCACGGCUUUAUCAACGAGCAAGACAAGGACAAGGCCAUCGGCGCUCCAUGUGUCGGGUCGAAUACGUCCAAGGCUAACCUUUCGCCCGAGGAGUAUUAUUCACGAGCCUGCAUGUAUUUCGACCAAUGCAUCGUGCGAGAGAAGAGCUUGGAGGUGCUGCAAGCCGUCCUGCUUCUGGCCAGCUUUUCGCUCCUGCGGCCCGUGUUGCCAGGCGCCUGGUACAUUACCGGGAUUGCCAUACGCAUGGCCAUCGACCUAGGCCUGCACUGCGACACCGACGACGACGCCCCGGACCGUGUUCCCAGUCCCAUGGAGCAUUCUCGGCCCGGCGCUGCCAACGGGGACGAGUGUGCAGAGACCGAGGAGACUGCCCAGAGGGAUAUUCGCGAAGUAAGGCGGCGGCUAUGGUGGUGCACGUACAGCCUGGAUCGACUUGUUAGCAUCAGCGCCGGCCGGCCGUUUGGCAUCAGCGACAACGAUGUAUGCACCCCGUUGCCAUCCUUGGAUGAGGACGACACGCCAAAAGACGGAGAAAGCACAAAUAGUCCCGAGUCUCACGACCUGCCGCAAAGUUACAAGUAUCUUACGCAUCACUUCAUCAAGCUGCGGCUACUCCAGUCCGACAUUUACGCCGCGGGCCGAACUUGCAAGGGGCACGCCUCGAAAAUCACCAUGCGGCAAGAAGAGACGGCCUCAGAGUCCCCGUUCGAGGCAGACUCCGACCCCGAGUCCAAGUGGCAAUGGCUAGAAGGCAUGGAGAAGCGCGCCCUCGAGUGGAAGGCGUCGGCGCCCACGACGCACGUCACGGGUGUCUUGUUCCCCAAGGCCAUUUUCGAGUUUUACUACUGGCAGACCAUUGUGCUCCUGUACCAGCGCGACGCCAAGAUCCCCGCCUUGAUGCAAGAGGUGCAGUCCGUCUUGGACAAGUUGCACGUCUCGGCGGCGCCGGCCUCGGAAGCAGACGUUUUCACAACAAGGAGGUAUAUAAAGAUGGCCCAAGCCGGACAGCGCGUGCUGCGCAUGUACCGACAGCGCCACCUCGCCGGCUGCAUCAAGUACACGUACAGCUCGGCCCUGUAUCUCUUUUCCGUCGCCAUUUCCUAUCUCCACGCCGUGGCGCAAUCAUCCGCCGUGCGUGCCCGGUUUACACCCGAUGACGUCGACUUUACGAUUCUGGCGGCGAGGUCCAUCUUCGCCGACAUGGCCGAUACCUGCCCCGACGCGACGAUGUGGACCGAGGCGCUGGAGCGGACGGCCAAGGCAACCACGCGAAUCACCCGGCUGUACGACGACCUGGACCAGCCGUCCCGGCCGGCAGACUGGGACGAGGACGGCGGCGGUGUACUUUCAGACCACGGCGUGACCUCUGCGGCAUCAGACGCCCAUGUCGGGCGGGAAGACGGCGCACACGCGUGGCAGACGCUGGGGGGGUACGAGGAUUCCCGGCCGCGCGGGAGCCCAAUACACUGGGAUUUUGCCGACGAGACGACGUCGUUCCGGUUGGGGGGCGACGAUGCCGUUUCGGCGUUGGACAUGGCCGUGCCGCCGUUCGGCUCUCUGCCGGCGCAGGCGCUGGCUGACAUGGAGAGCAGGAGGGGCGACAUUGAGUCCGGGGACCUUUUUGACCUGGAAACUAUAUGGCAGCUGGACAAUCUUGCGACAGAGGCCCCGCACAUGUGUCGAGUGUUGAAUGUUGGCGCGUCGGUGGUGGAAACGGGGCAGGUUUGA